AAUUGCUCUUUUACCUCAAACAGCAAAAUCUCGUCGUCAUGCGUCUCAGCCUCUUCCUCGUGCUGGUCGUGGCCACCUUCGCCGUCCUCGUGAGCGCCGAAAAGACCACCACAGCUCGCCGCCUCAAGAGAGCCGACGACCUCACCGCUCAUGAGGAAGAGCGGAACAUCCUCGCCACGACGGUUUCAGGACUGGCCAGUGGCGCCGAGAAGUUUUUGAGCCCCGCUCUCCUUGCCAAGUUGCCGAAUGCGCUCAGGAAGAACCCUGCGGCUGUGAAUAAAGUCGACGAUGCGGCUGCUGGUGCUGUUGUUGCCGCCGACAAAGUUGCGGACCCCGCUGUCAUUGCCACGGUGAAGGAUGCGCUUAAGAAGGACCCUGCGGCUCUGAACAAAGUCGACGAUGCGGCUGCUGGUGCUGUCGACAAGGUUGCGGACCCCGCUGUCAUUGCCAAGGUGGAGGAUGCGCUUAAGAAGGACCCUGCGGCUCUGAACAAAGUCGACGAUGCGGCUGCUGGUGCUGUCGACAAGGUUGCGGACCCCGGUGUCAUUGCCAAGAUCGAGGAUGCGCUCAAGAAGAACCCUGCGGCUCUGAACAAUGUCGACGACGCGGCCGCUGGUGCUACUGGCGCUGCUACUGGCGCCAGAAAGAUCUGGGACAAGCUCGCCGACACUGCCUUGUCGGGCGGCCGACUGAAGAAGGUGGACACCACGACCAGCCAGUGGAAGACUGAGUGGGCCAAGCUCAAGGGAAACCCGCAAUUCGCGGGUAUUACUGAGGCCCAGGCCGUCAAGAUGACGGAGGCUGCUGCCAAGGAAGUGGUCAAGAACCCGUCCAAGUGGCGUCACUUCAAGAAGUUCUUGGAGAUUGCGUUCGGUGCUGUGCUAACGGGAGUCAUCGUCGCCGGCUUCAACUCGAUGGUUUCUUAG